AUGACACAGACGAGCCCAACGCUCAAGACUCAAAAUCACUCAUGUUUGUCACCUUGUCCCUCUUGGGAUUCCGCGAUAACAAUUGCAUCGUCACCCAGCAGCCUGAGCAGCUGCGACGGCAUCGAUGACGAUGAAUGCAAUUUCUUCAGCGACUCUGACGAGCUCCCCUCGAAAUCUACUGAUGAGAAGCUCGACAUCGGCUCGGGCUUUUCAACUCCCUCCACCGUGCAGCCGGUAGCUGCUGGGCAGGAGGAACCCGAGAGAACUCCCGUACCCACGCCCUUGGACGCUGACCGUCUUCAUUCUCUCUUUUCUGAGUAUGAAAAGCUUGUCAAUGGGCAGGAGGUACCGCGUGAACGCGAGGGCUCACCAGAUGAGAGUACGAAUCUGUCCAUGCCGAAGUAUCUUGCCCAGCUUACAACCGAUUUCUGGAACGCGCUCUUGCUUCUCUUGUGGACUACUGCCCGACAGGAGGACCACGAGAGUGACACGAGUUAUGGCAAACCUUCUGUAAAUGAGCGGCUCAACAGUAUCCAUCCGCCCGCCAUGACGACUCGCAAUCUACUCUCCGGUCCCGUCACUCUAUCUGCCGCAACAGCGAAAAGCAGAAAUGUUCUUCACGCUCUGGAAUACCCGCAGCAGAAGGAAAAUUUCUACAAGCGCAUGGAGACCUAUCGUCCUCUUCUGGCUGAUCUCGUAGCACAUCACCUUGGCACCAAACCAACGGACGUUACUAUUUCUUCGCAAGAUUACUGGCGCCAUGGAUCAUUCAAUCUUUGUAUACCUGUCCAUAUCGACCCCUCUGCGAAGUCAGCACCCCCACAGUUCGUGUUGCUCCGCUUUCCGUUGCCGUACCGCGUUGGAGAAGUAGUACGGCCCGGCAACUCGGAUGAGAAGGUCAAUUGUGAGGCUGCAACAUACGCUUGGCUCCAAGAGAACUGCCCUGCAGUUCCUAUACCCCAGCUUUACGGCUUUGGGCUGUCUACUAACCAAAGAUUUACGAAUCUUGACUUCCUUCCGUGGUGGUCGCGCUGGUUCCAGCAAGCUCGCCGCUAUUUUCUAGCUACUUUUGGCUUCCCGCAGCCUUCACGAUACGUGUGCCAUCCCUCUAGCCGCUUUGCCGACCUCGAUAUCGGUUACCUGCUUAUCCAAACCAUUACUUCCGGAGAGAUGCUUUCAGAAUCCUGGGAUGAGAAGCGUGACGAUGUCCGUCUCCAAGAUAAUCUACAGCGAAGUCUCGCUAGGAUGAUGCUCUCGCUUGCAAGCGUUCCCCUGGCGCGUAUCGGAGCAUUCCGACUGGACAACAACGGGUAUUUGCAUUUAGAUAAUCGUCCUCUGAAUGUUAUGUUUACUAUGCAUGAGAACGAAGGCAUCCCCCUUAAUAUUUCCAGACACACAACCUUCUCUAGCGUCGAUGACUUCAUCCUUCAGCAUUUGGCGGCUUUUGACAACCGGCUACUCUACCAGCAAAACGCCAUAACUAGCCGUGACGAUGCGUGGUACCAGAUGACCAGUCUAGCUGCCGCAAGAGCUAUAUUCCCGCAAAUGUUCCGGAGAGACUUUUUUUACGGCCCUUUCGUGUUUACUUUAACCGAUAUACAUCGAAGUAACAUCUUCGUUGAUGAGGACUGGAAUAUUACUUGCAUCAUUGACCUAGAAUUUGCCUGCUCAUCGCCCAUCGAAUUUCUACAACCGCCAUACUGGCUCGGCGGUGGAUUAAUCGACGAGAUUGAACCUAUCGAGUUCGCACCGAAACAUGCUGCAUUCCUCGAGCUCCUAAAGCGAGAAGAACAGCUUCAGAACUACCGAAGAGAUGCAGAGCCCCUCUCGUGUAUCAUGCAGCAAGCAUGGACAAACGGGGCGUUUUGGGUCACGCUAGCGGUAAAGGAUCCAGUAGCCUUCACGGAGAUAUUCUACGAUCGUAUAUUACCCAGCUACUUCUCCUACUCUCCGGAAGAACUAAGCAAGGCCGAUUAUAGAUUCUUUGCCCGUCUGUGGCGCCCUAACAUCUGUGACAUCAUUGACAAGAAACUGCAAGACCGAGACACGUAUUUGGAGAGACUUAAUGCAGUUUUCACCGACUUUACAUGA